AUGCAAGAAUUGGCAGGACGUUGCCGUCUUGAGACUAUCGAUCCUUCAUCAGGAGAUGCAAUGAAAGGAAUCAAACCAAUGGGCCCUAAUGCUUCUAAGCGCUAUCGACGUACCAUAAUAUUUGUCUAUGUCCUCUGGAUAGCAAUGGAAAGCAGUAAUUUUGAGUCGCAAACUUUGGACGUUGAUUUCUUGUUCAUGAGGGUCACGAUCAAUGCUCCCAACAAAACAGAGUGGACGAAAAACGAUUGCGUGGAUCUGCUUAAUGAAGGCAUUUUUUCCAGCCAGGCAUCACUGUGGUACAAACUGUGUAGCCGCGUUUUCAUGCAAUAUGACCAAUGGCUGGUACAGCGUUCCUGUUAUCGAUGGGAUGCUAGUAAUCUAGAAUAUUUGGCCAGUCUCGAAGCAGCCUUCAAAUACAACGGCCUCAAUGAGGUACCCCAGCAAGCGAUACGGCAUAUUAUUGUCCCAGCUAUCACGCGAAAAAAACACGCAACGCUUUAUCUGCUGAAGACAAAAGAGCUAUGA